AAAGCCUGAAUGUAUUAGGUGCUGUCCUUUGCUAUAGUCAUCUCCCUAGUUAUGUUUUGCAAUGUUUUAUUAGUACACUGUGCCUCACAGUAAAUGUUGAAAAAUUCUCCCAGUGCAGUUGGAAGCAAAUGAGAAAUUUGCUUGGAACAAGUGUGGGACACACUAGUAUUCUCACCCUAUGCCUCAUUCUCCAAAAUAAAGAAAAUUAUAAAGAGGCAUCUCUUGUACGUGGAGCUGUAUUUUUUAUUGGCAUGGCAUUAUGGGGAUCACACAGAGUUUCAUCAUUAACUCAUCCACCUACAGCUGUUUUACCAUCAUUUUUAAAGGUUUUGGAAAGCAAUGAUAGUAUUAUAGCAUAUGAAAUUGUUCUAUCUUUGCAACGGUUAGUUAAAAGAAAUGCAGAAGAGCCAUUAAGAAAUCUUUGCUGGGAUAUGAUAUUUGAUAUAAUUGAAGAAGUGUUAAAACAUCCUGAGCUUCAGGGCAAUAAUCAAGCUGUAUCUGUUCUUGGAAAGGCAGUUCAUGACCUUAUAACUGCUGCAGAAGAAAAUUGCCCACAGGUUUCUUCUGAUCGCUUAUUUAGGAUAAUUGAAAAAUGUGCUGAUGCCAGAAAUGAGCAGUCUGUAAUUCGUUUAAUUUUGCAUAAUGCUGAAUCAAUCAGUCCUUAUAAACCAGAUUUUCUUGUGAAAAUGAACAUGUUAAUGGAGAAACAUUUCAGAAAUGAAAAGCGAAGUUCUGUACAACUUGAAGUUCUUAAAGUCAUUAAACAAGUUCGAUGUUCAAGUGGACAUAUUUUUGAGGAUGAUUUGAUGGAUCAAAACAUUUUGCAGAAUAUGUCACAUUUAGAUAGCAUUAAUGAUGUGAAUGUUCGAAAACAAGCCGUUGAGUUACUAAUCGAGAUAGCAGAAAGUUGCAUGGGAAGUUGGUUUUUUGACAUCUUGGAGGCAAUUGAAAAGAUUAUGAAGCGCAUGUUUGAUCAUUUGUUGAAUCCAAGUCAAGCCUUUGAUGGUAGUUUAAGCAAAGAAUCAUUUUCUGAUGUUUUAACUGCUGUUGAAGGUUUAAUCAAAGUUUUUAAGAAAAAAUUGUUGGUGCUCCCAUCUAAUCAGUGUGUAGAAAUCUAUGAUUUGCUCAUUAAUCAUAUCCAGCAACAUUAUAACAGGUUAUCUUAUUUAGAUGAAGUUAUAAAAAUAAGGAAGUUGAUAUUUGAAUUUUUACUGCAAUUUCGUGCCAAUAAUCAAAAGCAGCUGGGAAUUUGUAUGGAUGGAUCUGUAGAAUAUAGUGUAUAUAUCUCAUGUGAUUCCAGCUCAAAUAAAGAAAUAAAUGAAACUGCUCCUGCUAGUCCUUCACCAGGAUCACCAUCAUCAUUAGUUGCUCAAACCAUUUCUUAUUUGAGUUACAGUAAAGCUUUUCAGUCUUUAACUAUGUGCUUAAAAGAGGAAAAAGAUUGGGAAAUUCUAGAACUGAUUUUGAAAGAGCUGCCAAAAUUAUUACAAAACAAAGCCCUAAUCCUUAGAGGAAGCUGUAAUUUAGCAGCUUUAUGCGUAGCACUGCGUGCUAUGGUAAGUGACAGAAAUAUGGGAUUUCCUGAAAGUUUAAAAAAUGCUCCUCCUCGACUUACUCGCACUGAUGUACAGAGUAAUGUAUUUCCAUCUGUAUCUGCUGUAACAUCGUACCAUAGCUGUCUAGAAUCACGCAUACAGCGAAUGCUGAUACAGUGUUUGCAGUCUGGUUUGGUGUCAAGAAGUGCAAAGAUCUGCAUGGAAGGGCUGACAUUAUGCACUUUAGAAAUGCAAAAUUCUAUGAUUAAACUUCUUCCUGAUGUGCUACUUAAGCUGUCAAAAAUUUCAGCUACGGUAGGAGUGUCAGUUUCUGUCUUAGAAUUUUUAUCAAAUUUAAUACGAUUACCUCAUCUGUAUGUCAGCUUUGUUGAAGAUCAGUAUAUGAGCAUAUUUGCUAUUGCACUUCCUUAUACCAAUCCAUUUAAGUUUAGUCAAUAUACAGUUGCUUUGGCACAUCAUGUCAUUGCUAUGUGGUUUCUGAAAUGUCGUAUACCAUUUCGCAGGGAUUUUGCAAAAUUCAUCACAAAGGGUUUACGAAGUAAUUUGAAUGUGCCUCGGGAUGACAGUAGUCGUCCUACUUCUUCUAGUCGAAAUGAUGAAUUGGCUCGAAAUAGUGAAGAUAAAUCUUCAGAAAAACAAGAAAUGUCAAGCAGUGCCAUAAUUGCCCUACACACUGAACUUAUGGAAACAGGUCUUGAUUUAAUGGCUCGAUUUACAUUUGGCAUGUCAUCCAAUGUUCCAAAGAGGUCUCCAGUUUCAGAAUUUUUAUUAGAAAAAGGCCAGAAAAGCAGUUGGCUAGUUGGAAAUAAAAUCAUAACCAUCACCACUAGUGGUUGUGGUACAAAGUCUUUUAAGCAUGGUCUUUGUGAACAGUGCUAUUCAUCUUGUCAUGACAAAUGUAAAAGUAUAGAAUCUGAUGAAAAUGAUUCCAUAUUUUUAGAGCAUCCAAUUCAUGAAAGCCAACAAGAAAUUUCUAGUAAAAGAGAAUCAGAAAACUCCUUUUUUGAAAGGAAGCGCCAUCGUUCUGCCAUUCAAAGGAGGAGUACAACUCUAUCUAGAGAAUUGCUUACCAGUACAAAGCAAACCAAAGAUGACAUCCUUUUACAUUACCAGAGGUUUGAAUCAUCAGAUCCAAACAACCGUUUUCAGACUUCAUAUUUAAAUACCGAUGAAAAUCACUUAAGUCAUUUUCAAGCAGACUGGACUUCAGAAAACAAAGGCAGAGAAGAUAAAAGUAACCACCUCUGUAGCUGCUGGUGCUCAAGUUGGGCAGAAGUCCACAUACGUAGACCAACAGGAAACACUUCAUGGAUGAUGAAAAUGCAGAAUCAUCUGUUUUUGCCGUCAGUUGUUCCAGACAUUCCUUUGUCUGUUCUUACUUCCUUGGUGUUGCCUCAAAAGAUUGAAGAUCAAGAUGCAGAUGACUACUUUCUGUCAUCAACUGAAGAUGAUGUUUUGGCAGCAGAAUCUGAACUCAUUUCCUGUGAUAGAGGUGGCAUAGAAAUAUGUCCCAAAUCUAAUCCUCCAAUGCGACGCACAAAUUCCAGUCCUGAUAUGAAUACUAGUUGGUCUAAUUUUCAACCUUUAAUGCAAGAAGAAAGAAAGGAAAGCUUUGAAAGUUCUGUGGAAUCAAAUCAAGAUCAACUUGAAAAUUUAACAAUAGGCAAUACGACAGAGUUUCCAUCUAAAAAGGAUGAAAAAGAAGGUGUCCAGAGCUCUAAGCCUAGUUUGAAACUGGAUUUGAGUCGUACAAAGACUGGUAAAUUAAAAUCUCUUAACUUUCGAAGCGAUAGCCUGAAUAGUGCUCCUAUAGAAAAACUGCUGAACAAUAACAGUGAACCACAAAAUGUUGUAUCUGGGUCAUUUAGAGACAGAGGUCAUACUAUAUCAGUUAUGAGCCCCAUUCGCCCCGUUGGAUGUGAAAAGUCGGUUAUGAAGCCAGAUGUAAAUCGACGUAGCGGCAUGAGUCCCAGUUUUGUUUUCUUGCAGUUAUUUCAUGACAGCUAUUUUGGUCCACCAGCUCAUAAACCACUUCUUUUGCUUCCAACUGAAACUAAUAACAGAGCUUUAAAUGUAUUAGACCAUACACCACCUUAUGAUACACACAAAAUAGGAGUUGUUUAUGUUGGCCCAGGACAAGUUGAUAAAGAAGUGGCUAUCCUAAGCAAUGUAUAUGGUUCUGCUAGGUAUGUUAACUUUUUGCAUGGUUUAGGGUCUAUGGUUCGUUUGACAGAUGUUGAUCCCCAUACUACAUAUCUUGGAGGGCUUGACACAAAGGGUGAAGAUGGAAAGUUUGCAUUGAUUUGGCAUGAUGAUGUUAUGCAAGUGGUGUUUCAUGUUGCAACACUGAUGCUUAAUAAAGAAUCAGACAAAAUGAGAAAUGAGAAGAAGAAACAUAUUGCAAAUGAUAAUGUGAUUAUUGUAUAUAAUGAAAGUGGAGAAGAUUACAAAUUGUCUACCAUCAAAGGUCAUGUGACGAAUGCCUGUGUGGUUAUUCAUCCUGAAGAUUUUAAUAGUAAUGUUGUGUUAGUGAAACUUAAGACUAAAGAAUUACAAGAUAUGUUUGGACAUACAGAAUCAUACAUAGUAUCUGAUGAAAGUCUACCUGUGUUUGUUAGGCAGUUGGCUCUGCAUGCUAAUCUUGCAUCACUGAUUAUGAGUAGAAGGCAACAUUCUGCAAAAUAUUCACACGUGUCCAAUUGGUUAGAACGGCUCAGGACUAUCAAAAGACUCCGUACUAAAGUGGUAGAGGAAUUGAAAAGCAAAGCAGAAAAUUUAGGAUUUGAAAGUUUUAAUGAUUCUUCAAAUUUUGAUGAUUUCACAGACUAUGUAUAAUCAUCAGAUUCAUGUCCAUAAACUUGUAAUAUAUGUAAUCAGUCUCACAAAAAAAAUCUGCAUCUUGAAAUCUUAUAUUGUACAAAUAUUGUAAAUUUUAACAUUUUUUGAUUGUACAGUUUUAUGAUUAUAAUAAAAAGCUUAUUUAUCUCUUUU